CGGCGCUCCCAGGCACGUGGGACCCUGCGCAGCGGCAAGACGCCGGCACCGGCACCGGGGAACAGCGGCCACAGCACCUGGGGCGGACGAAUUCAGCGUGGAGGCAAGAGACAGGCCGCCUAGUGGGAGAUCGGACCCUCGGAGAGGUUGGCGGGCGCUGCCCAGGGACGCUGCCGGUCCGACUGGCGCGGGUGCGGACUCGGCGCUGGGCAAGGAAUGGGCCGUGUGUGUCUCACUGCCCGACCAGGGCAUGGUUCCGAGCCUGAGUGUGGCGCGUAACUGGACGGCGGGACGCCCCGUGAAUCCGUGGUUGAUCUUUGUCUUCGCUGGCGCGUAGAUCUCAGUGAGUGUGGAUAGCCACCGCGGACUAGGGACUUGGUGAGUGAUGGGCUUCCAGUGGGAUGAGGAGAGCGAAGGUGAAUCCUGAAAGGCUGGUGGAGGCCCUCCUCAGAAAUGGGGGAAUGACCUUGAAGAAGUGCUGUGCUCCUCCGCUGACUGAGUGGAGGCAUUUCCUCAAAAGGAGAGAGGGAAAUGAAGCAGAUGGGAAGAGAUCUUUCCAGAAAGGCACAUUCUUCUGCUGUGUCGUGUCUGAGGUCAUGGGUGCUGGGACUUGCCCAUACAGAGGAGUUCCUCCACUGCCAACCAUCCCCUCCUGGAAGCCCGGGGUUUGGUGUGUAUGAGGCUCCCAGGAGCCCCUGCUGUAGCUGUCUGCCCUGAAAAAUGCUGGAGGCUGGGCAAGGCCAGAGGCCGGGGAACCAGUUUAUCCUGUUUGCCAGAAGAGCUCCCUGCGGCAGAUCCAGGCCUGUGCAUUCAUGAGUGAGGAACCUGAGCAGCCUCUGAGCAUCCUGAAGGGUGAUGGAGGUGGGCCUGGACCUCUGGAAUGACACCAUCAAUAGCACCUGGGAUGGGGAUGAGCUGGGCUACAGGUGCCGCUUCAACGAGGACUUCAAAUACGUGCUGCUGCCUGUGUCCUACGGCGUAGUGUGCGUGCUCGGGCUAUGUCUGAAUGUCGUGGCGCUGUACAUCUUCUUGUGCCGCCUCAAGACCUGGAACGCCUCCACCACGUACAUGUUCCACCUGGCUGUGUCCGACGCUCUGUACGCGGCUUCCCUGCCGCUGCUGGUUUAUUACUACGCCCGCGGCGAUCACUGGCCCUUCAGCACGGUGCUCUGCAAGCUGGUGCGCUUUCUCUUCUACACCAACCUCUACUGCAGCAUCCUCUUCCUCACCUGCAUCAGCAUUCACCGGUGCUUGGGGGUCCUGCGCCCUCUACGCUCCCUGCGCUGGGGCCGGGCCCGCUACGCCCGCCGGGUGGCAGCGCUGGUGUGGGUGUUGGUGCUGGCCUGCCAGGCACCCGUGCUCUACUUUGUCACCACCAGCGCACGUGGGAGCCGCAUCACCUGCCAUGACACCUCGGCCCCUGAGCUCUUUAGCCACUUUGUGGCCUACAGCUCGGUCAUGCUAGGUGUGCUCUUCGCCGUGCCCUUUGCCACCAUCCUGGUCUGUUACGUGCUCAUGGCACGGCGGCUGCUUCAACCAGCUUAUGGGAGCACAGGAGGCCUGCCGCGGGCCAAGCGCAAGUCGGUGCGCACCAUUGCCCUGGUGCUGGCUGUCUUCGCCCUCUGCUUCCUGCCUUUCCACGUCACCCGCACCCUCUACUACUCCUUCCGCUCGCUUGAUCUCAGCUGCCACACCCUCAAUGCCAUCAACAUGGCAUAUAAGAUUACCCGGCCGCUGGCCAGCGCCAACAGCUGCCUUGACCCUGUGCUCUACUUCCUGGCCGGGCAGAGGCUUGUCCGCUUUGCCCGAGAUGCGAAGCCACCCACAGACCCCAACCCUACCACCCGGGCUCGGCGCAGGCUGGGCCUGCACAGGUCUGGCAGAACUGAUGCCAAGAGGACAGAUUUGGCAGCCAGCAGUGAGGACUCCAGGCGGACAGAGUCCACACCAGCUGGGAACGAGAACACUAAGGACAUCCGGCUCUAGGACCUGACCCCUGAGGCCUGUGCAAGUUUAUAUGGGGGGAGCUGUAAGGGACCAGGGCUUGUUCAAAUGGGACAGUGUACCCAGAAAUUGACCAUCUGUGACUGUCACUUGGCAGGGCCUCAGGAUACUUUCCUUACGGUCCAGACAGUCAAUUGCCAUCAUUUGUAUGUGUGAGUUAGGUAAUAAGAUUUCAAAACAGACACAUGUUUAGGGCCAGUGCCACCUGACUCCCAUGCAGAUAGCUGGCUGAUCCUGUCAAGGUAUCUAGACUGGAAUCCAGCCUGAUCAAAUCAAAUGGAGAAGGCCCUGAGAGGAAGGAGAUGUACCAGGGUCAAACAGCAGUCUAGACCUGAGCUAGCUACAGUGGAGCAGAGUCACAGGUUAAUCAGAGGGCCCUGGUGAGUAGUCAGGGUUGAGCUCCCACAGCAGUCUUGGGUGGGACUAGGUGCUUAGUGGACUCAGCUUAGAGGAGUACUCCUAGCCCGAGAGAUGAACAUCUGGGAACUGAUGUGAUAAACCCAUCUGGAGGCUCCCAGCCUGCAGCCUACAGUUAGAGGCUGUAACUGAAACUAAAGAUUAUGCUGCUUGUUGA